UUAAAGUUUAAGCUGCUUUACUGUGGCACAAACAAACCUGUAUGGAUCUCGUGUUGUGCCUUUAAAGAUUAAUUUAGGGUGGGUGGGAUGGCUUUGUGGCUCAAACAAAACCACUGCUUUUGAAAUGCCCACUCCAAAGUCCCUCAUUCGUGUCUGCUUUUAACUCUACCCCACUUUGUGUGCGCCGGGCGCGUCUAGCAACCACAAACAACAUGACCGACUAUGAAACCGCAACCGCCUUCCUCGGGGAAUGGGGACGUUUCCAGCAGCAGGUGUUUUACCUUCUUUGUCUCAGCAUCAUCCCUAACGGUUUUGCCGGCCUGUCCAUCGUGUUCGUCGCCGACACGCCGCCCCAUCGCUGCCUCAUUCCCACGCACAUCAACCUCACCGCAGCAUGGAAGAACAGCAGCAUCCCGCUGGAGGAGGACCACCACAGCGGCGCUUUGGUGCCCAGCAAGUGCUCCAGAUACAAACUUGAAGAUUUACUGAGUUUCUCGGACAGAGGCUUGCUGCCUGGGGUUGAUGUCAACCUGUCAAAUGUGGCAACAGAAGGCUGCUUGGAUGGGUGGGAGUACGACCGGAGCGUGUACAUUUCUACCAUCGUCACUGAGUGGGACCUGGUGUGUGAUGACAGGUGGAGGAACCCGCUGACCUCUUCUCUCUUCUUCUUUGGAGUUCUCACUGGCUCCUUCGUUUCAGGACAGCUGUCAGACAGAUAUGGGAGAAAAAAAGUUUUGUUUGCUACCAUGGCAGUCCAGACAGUGUUCACAUUCAUCCAGGUCUUCUCUCCAUCCUGGACUGUGUUCUGCGCAGUCUUCUUUGUUGUCGGGAUGGGACAAAUUUCCAAUUAUGUGGCUGCCUUUGUGCUAGGAACAGAGAUAUUAAGCCCACGUGUUCGGACAAUUUUCUCCACCGCGGGUGUGUGUCUUUUCUUUGGUGUGGGAUACUUGCUGCUGCCCCUGUUUGCUUUCUUCAUCAGAGACUGGAGGAUGCUUCUCCUAGGACUCACCCUGCCUGGCUUCCUCUAUGUGCCUCUCUGGUGGUACAUCCCAGAGUCUCCUCGGUGGCUGCUCUCUCAGGGAAGAGUAGAGGAGGCUGAGGAUAUACUGAGAGAUGCUGCUAAAAGGAACAAAAUUGAGCCUCCGGCGGUCAUCUUUGAUCCUUUGCAGAAAGAACUUCAAUCUGAGAAUAUGAAGGCCCACAACAUCUGUGACCUGCUUCGUUCUCCAAACAUCCGCUGGAUCUCUAUCACGCUGUGGUUGGUCUGGAACACUCUCACCAUCGCCUACUUUGCCCUUUCCCUGAACACGUCAAACCUUCAUGGCAACGCGUACUUCAACUGCUUCCUGUCAGCUCUGGUAGAGAUGCCAGCCUACACUUUGUCAUGGGUUAUGUUUCGCUGGUGUUCCAGACGACUGAGUCUUUUCUCAACUCUCUUCAUGGGAGGAGUGUUUCUACUCUUAAUUCAGCUCAUACCAGGAGACAUGAUUUAUGUAGCCAUAACACUUGAGAUGAUGGGGAAGUUUGCAGUGACGACAGCAUUUGCAAUCGUGUACGCAUACACAGCAGAACUCUACCCAACUGUACUGAGGAAUACUGCUGUGGGCGCCUGCUCUAUGGCCUCCAGAAUAGGCAGUAUCAUUGCCCCCUACUUCAUUUACUUGAGAAGCUAUUCUGUUUCACUGCCUUACAUCCUCAUGGGAAGCCUUACAGCUAUGUCAGGGUUGCUGAGUCUCCUGCUGCCUGAGAGCUAUGGAAUGCCUCUACCCGACACCAUCACUCACAUGCAACACUUCCCCGGAUGUUGUCGGAAGGCACCUUACACACUCACACACACUGAGGAAAAGGAAAACAUUGCUAAAAGGAACAAGGAGAAGGACUGAUAUCUGGCUUGAGGCAAAUAACUGGACAAACAUCAUGUCUCUGUCCGUGUUGGACCACGGAACAUGACACUUAUUCAAAUAAUAUAAUGGUACCUUGAGAAAUGUUUUCUCUAUGAAAGCAAAAUACUGUGAAAUGAAAAGUGUCAUAAACUUCUGUGCAUGUUAAGCACCAAUGCAGUUUUUACCAUACCCACAUAUUACUGCUCUUCACUGAUGAAAAUGGGAACAGUAAAUAUACAUAAAAAGUUUGUAAUAUUCUGAUACCAAUGUAAUCACAACUAGAAGCCACAUUUAAGGUUUUAUGGCACAAAUGCAUCUUCAGCUUCACAUUUAACACUUGAAUCUUUCAUAUGACAGUGGCUUGUGAAUAUUUUGUACACAUCUUUCUUUAAUUUACUCCAAAAUGAUUAUAUAUGUUCAAGCACAUAAGUAUAAGCAAAUAAAUCAAGCUUCAUGUAA